CUAGUCAAUGGGGCGCAUCUUCUCCAUCAGAGUGCGCAGCAGCACCAGCUCGUCAACCACGGGGUGGGGGCUGACCGACUCACCCUUCACCUGAACCACAUCAAGUAGAUCAGUACACACACGUGUGUGUGUGUGUGCGUGAUAUGGAUGGAUGGCUGCGCCUUGACGUCGAGAUACGAGAUGCCCUAACACACACACACAGCACGUUUAUCUCCCUCUGCCUCUGCCUCGCCCAUCCCUCUCCUCGCCCACCUUGUCCACAUGAAUGCUGGGCCCAUCAAUCGUCUCGUUGAGCGACUCCAGCUUCUUCCGCAGACUCUCAGCCUUCCCCUUCAGCUCGCCAAGCGCAGUCAACACUCCCUCAUCAGCCGCAUCCUCACCAUCCACACGCAGCAGCUCAUCCCUGCUGCUGCCCUCACGUCGAAAGGAGUGGGAUGUGCCAUCUGGCGGGGCAGCGAAGCGGCGAGCGCCUCAUAGUCCACGAGCGGGUCCUCGACAGCAUCUCUCUCGGUGUGGGCGUCAUGAUCUCCAUUCAUCAGCUCGGUUUGCGGUUUCAGCAGCGUUUGCAAGGUCUCGUAG